AUGACUGUCCCAAGAAGGGAAAUGAAGAGAGCGACGAUAAUGAAAUCAACACCAGGUCAGAGCCCCGGCCAAGGCUCUGACACUGCCCACUCAGGACAUGACAAGCCGUGCGUAAUGGGUAGGUUCCUGAAAGUAGCUCCUGAGGCUACAUCCUUCAAGGGGGGCGGAGUCGACCCAAGGCCAACCGAGAGGAAAGAUUUUCGUGUUCUAGAGUGA